AUGAAGGAAGAAGGCAGAAGAGCAACAAUGGAGGAGACAUACAAGAGGCUCACAGAUAAACUUCGAUCACGAGUCGACGGCACAGGCGAAUCUACAAGUCCAUACUGGGUUGCCGUUGCGGGAGGUCCAGGAACUGGGAAGUCAACAGUGGCUGAAACCGUUUGCGACGGGCUUAACAAGAUGUCUCCAGAUUGUUCCAUCGUCAUUCCCAUGGACGGAUGGCACAUACCCCAAGAUCGCCUAAUGGAAGAAUUUGGGUUGGAGGAAGGCAUGCAACGGCGAGGUGCACCCUGGACCUUUGACUGUGACCUCCUGUACGAACAACUAGCGGAUGCGAAGAAGAAUUCGAAAGCAUCACUCCCCAUGUACAGUCGAGAGAUUUCAGAUCCAGUCCCUGACAAAGUCAUGUUGGAGCCACAUCACAAGGUUGUGUUCAUAGAAGGAAUAUAUAUGCUGUAUAAGGAUGAUGAAGAGAAAAAAUGGAACCGUCUAUUUGAUCUAUGGGACGAAAAAUGGUUCAUCCAAUGUCCGUCUAGAGAAGAUCAAAUUGAACGUCUUGUCGGUCGAUCUUUGAAGACCUGGACAGACAAGAAGGCAAAGCUUUGGGGAGAAGGACGAGCGGGUGCACAGGCAAGGGUGGAGUUCAAUGAUCUCAAGAAUGCAGAUAUGGUUCGACACUGCAAUCAAUUUGCCGAUGAAGUCAUUGUGACGCAUUAG